GCAGUUGGCAGGGGUGGGGCCUGGGGAGAGACUGUUAUAAAGCUGGGGGUGUCAUAAAGUAGCUGUCCCCGUCCGGAGCCCCCGUGGUCCCUGCUGCCACCAUGGCCACCCACCGCCUUGUGAUGGUCCGGCAUGGCGAGAGCACAUGGAACCAGGAAAACCGUUUUUGCGGCUGGUUCGAUGCAGAGCUGAGUGAGAAGGGGGCUGAGGAGGCCAAGCGGGGAGCCAAAGCCAUCAAGGACGCCAAAAUGGAGUUUGACAUCUGCUACACAUCAGUGCUGAAGCGGGCCAUCCGCACCCUCUGGACCAUCCUGGACGAAACGGACCAGAUGUGGCUGCCUGUGAUACGCACCUGGCGUCUCAACGAGCGGCACUACGGGGGCCUCACGGGCCUCAACAAGGCAGAGACAGCUGCUAAACACGGGGAGGAGCAGGUGAAGAUCUGGAGGCGCUCCUUCGACACCCCACCACCCCCCAUGGAUGAGAAGCACCCCUACUACAACUCCAUCAGCAAGGAACGUCGGUACGCAGGCCUGAAGCCUGGGGAGCUGCCCACCUGUGAGAGCCUCAAGGACACCAUCGCCCGGGCCCUGCCCUUUUGGAACCAGGAGAUUACCCCGCAGAUCAAGGCCGGCAAGAGAGUGCUCAUCGCGGCCCAUGGGAACAGCCUGCGGGGCAUCGUCAAGCACUUGGAAGGGAUGUCGGACCAGGCUAUCAUGGAGCUGAACCUGCCCACGGGGAUCCCCAUUGUGUACGAGCUGGACCAGGCACUGAAGCCCACCAAGCCCAUGCAGUUCCUGGGUGACGAGGAGACUGUGCGGAAGGCCAUGGAGGCCGUGGCUGCCCAGGGCAAGGCCAAGUGAGGGGUGGGCUUGGGUAAUAAAGGCACCUCCUCCCACUG